AUGGAAUAUCUCACGCAGCCAAUCAAGUGUUUGUCCCCUCUUCACCUCGACCUCGUAGUGCCAAUCUCCCCUUUCGUCUUCAAGAUGCUUCGCCAAGGCGCCGGCAUUGUCCGUCGCGGCAUGUCCACGGCGUCCAAGGUGCGCGUGAAGAACCCCGUCGUCUCGCUCGAUGGUGACGAAAUGACCCGCAUGAUAUGGCGCUCUAUCCAGGACAAGUUGAUUCUCCCGUACCUCGACCUCGAUAUCAUCGAGUAUGAUCUUGGUAUUGAGAGCCGCGAUGCCACUGAUGACCAGAUCACCGUCGACGCCGCCCACGCCAUUCUCGAACACAACGUCGGCAUCAAAUGUGCCGGAAUCACACCGGAUGAGGCUCGCGUGAAGGAGUUUGGUCUUAAGAAGAUGUACAAGUCUCCCAAUGGGACUAUCAGGACCAUUCUAAACGGUACCGUCUUUAGGGAGCCGAUUCUCUGCAACAACAUUCCGAGACUUAUACCUGCAUGGAAUAAGCCCAUAAUCAUUGCUCGACAUGCCUUCGGAGAUCAGUACAAGAGCACUGAUAUGGUCAUUGACCGUCCGGGUACAAUGAAAAUGACGUUUCAACCUAGAGAUGGCGGCGAGAGUGUUGAACAUGUUGUUCACGAGUUUGAGAGUCCUGGCGUUGGGCUUAGCAUGUUUAACACCGAUGAAUCCAUCUAUGGCUUUGCUAAGUCGUCGUUUGCGUAUGCUCAGAUGAGGAAUGUACCCGUCAUUCUUUCUACGAAGAAUACGAUUCUCAAGCAGUACGAUGGAAAGUUCAAGGACAUCUUUGCAGAAGUUGCCAAGGAUUAUCCGAGCGUGCCUUAUGAGCAUCGCUUAAUCGAUGACUUUGUUGCCUACAUGGUCAAAUCUGACGGCGGAUACCUAGCUGCUUUAAAGAACUACGACGGAGAUGUCAUUUCCGACAUCAGCGCACAGGGCUUUGGAAGCCUCGGUUUGAUGACAUCAACCCUGCUGUGCCCCCACGAUAACGGAAAGACAAUCGAAACGGAAGCAGCGCAUGGCACGGUGACCAGGCACUUCCGCCAACACCAAGCUGGAAAAGAAACGAGCACAAAUCCGAUUGCCUCUAUAUUUGCAUGGACGCGUGGGCUGGCACAUCGAGGAAAGUUGGAUGGGACCCCAGGAGUGGUGCAGUUUGCCGAAGAUUUAGAAAAGGCAUGCAUCGAUACAGUGGAAAGUGGGAUCAUGACCAAGGACCUGGCUAUUUGCGUGCAUGGGCAGGCGGGAACGGCUCGAGAUAAGUGGGUUACGACGACAGAAUACAUGAAUGCCGUUGUCGAACGGUACGAGACGAUUGAGAGCGUCGCCGGAGUAGAAUAGCUGUAAUAUGGGAAGUGUCUGCCUAUCGUGUUGCGGUCGAGGAGGUAUUGCUCAGCAGUACUGUAGAAAUGUAAGCGUUUUUGAAUGUUGCGGAAGCUCAAUGCUCACAUCGCCCAGCAUGAACGCCUUUUUUCAUUCGAAUGUCAGGCCCUUCGCGCCUGACUCGCCCUAGUUAACGGCAACCAGGCGUGCGCACCAACAACAAGUGCAGCAUUGCCUACCGCACGCCUGUCGUACAUCUACGGUGCUCUUCGGGUACAGUACUGUACCAUUUAUACUGUAGUGGCUCAACGUUUUGAUCGUGGUAAAAUUCGACUGUAGUCGCAGCAACGUGUUGUGCGUGUAA